AUGACCGGACAGGCUGAUCCUUCCCCCGCUCCUUUCCAGGGCCCUAACCCGGGCGAACCCUCGGCCGCCCCGGUUCCUCAGCAAGCCCAGGAGGGCAAGACCACGCUCUGGAUGGGUGAACUUGAGCCGUGGAUCGACGAGAACUUCAUCCGCAAUCUCUGGUUCCAGAUGGGUGAACAAGUCAAUGUCAAAAUGAUCCGUGACAAGUUCUCUGGGAGGAAUAAUGCCGGCUACUGCUUCGUUGAUUUCUCCUCUCCGGCCGCGGCAGCCAAAGCCCUGAGUCUCAAUGGUACCCCGAUGCCCAACACUACUCGUACCUUCAAAUUGAACUGGGCUACUGGCGGCGGCCUGUCCGACAGAGGCCGUGAGGACCGUGGUCCUGAGUACUCGAUCUUCGUCGGCGAUCUGGGUCCGGAGGUCAACGAAUACGUUCUGGUUUCUCUAUUCCAGAGCCGCUUCCCGUCUUGCAAGUCCGCCAAGAUCAUGACCGACCCGGUCACUGGCAUGUCGCGUGGAUACGGUUUCGUGCGCUUUUCGGAUGAGAACGAUCAGCAGCGGGCUUUGACCGAAAUGCAAGGAGUCUAUUGCGGUAACCGUCCUAUGCGUAUCUCAACCGCGACUCCGAAGAACAAGAACCACGGUGUCGGACACGGUGCGAUGGGUAUGCCCGGCCCAGCGGGCAUGUAUCCUCCCGCCAUGGGCGGUCCCCCAAUGGGCUACUAUGGCGCUCCCCAGCCCAUGAACCAGUUCACCGAUCCCAACAACACUACUGUCUUCGUCGGUGGCCUGUCCGGCUAUGUGACCGAGGAUGAGCUCCGUUCGUUCUUCCAGGGCUUUGGUGAGAUCACCUAUGUCAAGAUCCCGCCUGGCAAGGGUUGCGGCUUCGUUCAGUUCGUGCAGCGCCAUGCUGCUGAGAUGGCUAUCAACCAGAUGCAGGGAUACCCGAUUGGGAACUCGCGCGUUCGUCUGAGCUGGGGUCGCUCGCAGAACAACUCCGGUCCUGCUGGGACCCCAUACCGUCCGGCGCCUCCCCCACCAAUGUAUCCCAACAUGGGAAUGCCUCCGGCACAUCAGUAUGGUGGCUUUGCGCCAAUGAAGUAA